AUGCACAACAGGAGUGUGUUUGUCUUUUCAGAGAUGAAGUGGAUUUUGUGCCUGAUAGUAGCAGGUCUUUACCUGUGUGAGCAAAGCUCUGUGGAUGCUGAACCACAACUGAGCACAAGUGUCAUUGAAAAAGCUGUGAUUGAAGCCAAGGCCACAGUGGACUCUGCUUAUGAGUACUCCAGAAGAGAGAGCAUCGAACGUGUGAAGAGGAAUUCAGCAAAUCCUUCAGACAUCCUGCGCUUGCUGAAGCAGCCUGUCGGGCCAACCCGUGAAGCUGUGCGCGCUGCUGACUAUAUGGAUAACGCUGUACAAGUCACAGCUAAGGUGUCUAUUCUUUGCUUCCAUGAAUCAGAUUUGCUCUCUGAGGAGGACCUGCAGGUCAUUGCUGAUCUGACAGGCUGCUCUCCUCGACAUCGUGUCCCUUCUUGCAAGACGACUCCCAAUUUGGACAAGUUUCGCACUGCAAGCAGCGUCUGCAACAACAGAAUGAACACUCGCUGGGGAUCUUCCAACACACCUUUCACCCGCUGGCUCCCUGCUGAGUACCAGGAUGGAAUCUCUGUGGCUAAAGGCUGGGAUGCUGACAGGAAAGUCAACGGUCAAAUUCUUCCGCUGGUGAGGGAGGUGUCCAACCGUAUUCUGCGCACAGCAAACUCUGACGUGGAGAGCGACCCACUCUACACUCACCUGGUGACAAUCUUCGGCCAGUGGACUGAUCACGACCUGACCUUCACUCCUCACUCUCCCGUCAUCCGCUCAUUCAGCAACGGCAUUGACUGCGACAAGACCUGCGAUCGCACUGAGCCCUGCUUCCCCAUUGAUAUUCCAAGGGAAGACCCCCGCUUUGGCAGAAACUCACACGAGUGCAUCCCAUUCUUCCGCUCAGCAGCAGCUUGUGGGUCCGGCAACACAGGCCACCUCUUUGGUGCAGCCAAUGUCCGUCAGCAGAUGAACUCCCUGACAGCUUUCAUCGAUGUAGGCCAGGUGUACGGUUCAGACGAUGCCAAAGCUCGCUUCCUUCGGGACCUCUCCACAGAUGAGGGUCUGCUGAGGGUCAACACAGAGUACAAGGACAACGGCCGUGAGCUCCUGCCCUUCACCAACAUGGGUGCCAACAUGUGUGCCACACGAGCUCGCAUUACUAAGGACAAUAAUGCUGAGGAGGUGCCCUGCUUUCUGGCUGGUGACGAGCGCUCCAAUGAGAACAUUGCUCUGACCUCUUUGCACACACUGUUGAUGCGUGAACACAACCGUCUGGCACGCGCUCUGGCCAACCUCAAUCCUCACUGGAAUGGAGAGAGGCUGUACCAGGAGGCACGCAAGAUCAUGGGAGGAUACUUUCAGGUUCUGACUUUCCGAGACUACUUGAACCACAUUGUCGGUCCAGACUUCAUUGCCAGGCAGCUGUCCACCUACCCUGGCUAUGAUGAAAACGUGGACCCCAGCAUCUCCAAUGUGUUCGCCACAGCUGCCUACCGAUUCGCUCACCUGAUGGUUCAGCCUUUCUUUUUCCGUCUUGAUGAGAAGUACGAGGAACAUGAUGAUUUCCCCAGCCCACUGCUGCACAGAGCCUUCUUCACACCAUGGAGAGUCAUCUUUGAAGGUGGUUUGGACCCAAUCCUGAGGGGGCUGGUGGGUCGCAAGGCCAAGCUGAACACGCAGGAACACAUGAUGCCUGAUGAACUGAGGGAAAGGCUGUUUCAGUUCUCUGCUGAGUUGGCGCUGGAUCUGGCAUCUCUUAACAUGCAGAGAGGCAGAGACCAUGGACUCCCUGGCUACAACAAAUGGCGCAAGUUCUGUGGGCUGUCACAACCACGAAAUCAAAGGCAACUGACAAAGGUGCUGAAAAAUAAGAGACUGGCCAAGAGGCUGCUGGAUCUCUAUGGCAAACCUGACAACAUUGACGUGUGGCUGGGAGGAGUGGUUGAGCCGUUCGUACGUGGAGGAAGAGUGGGACCCCUGUUUGCCUGCCUGAUUUCCACUCAGUUUCAGAGGAUCCGCCAGGGAGACCGAUUUUGGUGGGAGAACAAGGGAGUCUUCACUGAGACCCAGAGGGAGUCCCUGAAGCAGACAUCACUUGCCCGCAUCAUCUGUGACAACACUGGUAUCACUGAAGUACCAGAACAGCCUUUCCAGUACCAGACCAGGUCCAGGUACACUAAAUGUAGCAAAAUCCCUGCCUUUGACCUCAGUCCAUGGAGGGAGACGUUAAAGUAGAACAAAACACAGCAG